ACCCCAUAUUUCCAAGCUGACACUCACUCCAUCAUUUUUUUGCUUCUCACUUUUCUCUCAUUUUCAACUUUCUAAAAGAAGAAAUGGCAGAUCAACUCACAGAUGAUCAGAUCUCUGAAUUCAAAGAAGCUUUCAGCCUAUUUGACAAAGAUGGAGAUGGUUGCAUCACCACUAAGGAGCUUGGUACUGUGAUGCGGUCAUUGGGACAAAAUCCAACUGAGGCUGAGCUUCAAGACAUGAUCAAUGAAGUUGAUGCUGAUGGAAACGGAACCAUUGACUUCCCCGAGUUCCUGAACCUAAUGGCUCGUAAGAUGAAAGACACAGAUUCCGAGGAGGAACUCAAGGAAGCUUUCAGAGUGUUCGAUAAGGAUCAGAACGGAUUUAUUUCUGCAGCUGAGUUGCGCCAUGUCAUGACAAAUCUAGGCGAGAAGCUUACAGAUGAAGAGGUUGACGAGAUGAUUCGUGAAGCUGACGUGGACGGUGAUGGACAGAUCAACUACGAUGAGUUUGUCAAGGUCAUGAUGGCCAAGUGAGAACCGAUCAAACUCAACUUAAAUAUUUAGAAGUGAAAAAUUAUUUUUUUUAAAAAUGGAAACAGGGCAGAUAAAUUGGAUGAGCUUUUCUAUAUUUGGUUAGAAUACGUUCUUUUGACGUUAUUAGGUUUGUUUUGUAGUGCUACUUGUCAGUAUAUGCUUGUCUGCUCUGUUUGUUAGUAUGGUCCUGUUUUUUUCUUCUUAAAUUUGGUAAGAGUUUAUGUUUUUUUUUUCAAGUGACUAAUUUUGUUGAUAUUCCAGAUUCUUAUGUAUUCUUGCUCUUUGUUCUGACUUCUAAUUUACGUUGAUUGCCUUUCAAUUUUC